CUUUACUUUAUCCUUUAUUGUCUGGUUUAGACAGAUUGACUUUACACUUUGCUUUAUAUUAAUCCACACUGUGGUGUCACGUUUUGACAACGUUUUCGAUUAUCUGGUUCCACAAGUUUCCUUAGGACUUAACUACGAACGUACGCUCGUUGUUACGUACGACCCGUUAUAACUUCGCUCCAAUCGCUUAGAAACACACGAACGUAUUAUAUUAUUGUAUUAUCCUACAUUCUUUUAUAAAAUAUAGUAUUUUGUCUCACUGGCUUAUAUUUAAUACACGGCUUUGCGUUUGAUAGUGUGUACUUUAAUUUUGUCUGGGAGGAAACAAAACAGCGGUUUGCUCGCGCUCGCGCGUCGCCGCGGCGUGGCACGCGAGGACGCCGCGUUCCGUCUCGCGCCGCGGCCGAAGCUUCGCUGCCGGUGUCCGGGUGUCGGGAAAGUCGUCGCAGAGGCUGGAGGCUGCACAUGGAUCAUCCGCAGGGCACGAAGGAGGAGCUGGAGCAGAUGGACGCAUGGUUCGGUGAGGAGGGCCUUGGUCCCGGCUCCACUGAGGAGGCUCGUCUGACCUGGCUGUGGAGAUCCCACCAGCACACGAAAAGCCACCUGCACCGGGCCACAAGGCACCUGGAGGUCCAGCGCUCUCAGCACCAAGCAGAGAUGGCGGAGGUGCGGAAAUCACUGGAGCAGAUCCGUAUAUUUACCGAGCACAAAAACGCUUUGGCUCAGGAGAUUCAGGAUGAAAACGAUCGACUCAAGGACCAGCUGCAGCGCUUGAUAUCUCUUCAAGACGCUCAGGUGAGCGAGGUGGCUAAAAUGCUGUACCAGCAGGGCCUCACGGAACUGAUUCACAGCAGCUGCAGUGAGCAGGUGGCGUAUCUGCUGGUGGAGCGAGCCUCCCUGCUAGAGAUAAGCGACGUCGCUGCCAAGCCGACACGCGAUGAAAACACAGCUGACCCCCCGGGGGCACAGAAACCAGGGCCAGGCGCUAACACGUGCCAGUCUUGCCACAAGGGGGAGUCACGUCACUGCCAAAGCCCCUGGAAGAGACUGUUUGGACUUCACAAAGCCUCACAGAGCAAGUGCACCUCUAUUCCAAUAGAGGCCAGACCUUUUAACAGUCAGGCGAGCAGCGUUGAAAGGCAGUUUUUCCGCCUGGAGCGGGAUCUGGAGGAAGGUUCUCGUCGGCUGGCCAUGGCCCACAGCGAGAUCCGACGUUUGACCGGAGAGCUCGAAUCCGCUCAUCUGACCCAGAGAGCUUAUGAGCCUGAGAUGCAGGCAGCGCAGGAAGAGGUGGAGCAACUCAGACACGAAGUAGAGAAGCUGAAAAAGUAUGAAAUGGCGGAACUACGAAAAGCCAAAGAAAUGAAUGAUCGCCUGGACCUGGAGAUCAGGGCCUUAAGGAACAGGGUUCGCGCCCUGGAUGCUGAGAAAUCGUCUUUGCAGGAGUUGGUUGUACGUCUACAGAAAGAGGUGGAAGAUAUGGAGGCAGAACUAAAAGAGCAGCAGAAAUCCCCCAAUGUGCAGGUUGAAGUCCGUGAGCUGUCUGAAGUAGCAUGUUUGCAGAUGGGGGUGCAGCGGUUGGAGUUGGUUCUACAGGAGCAGCAGCAGACGCCUCAGACCGUGCAGAUCAAGGCCAACCAAGCCACGGAGUUCUCUGAAUCAUGGAAGGCUGAACUGAGUCACAGCCAAAAGACAUGCAGAGAUGUACAAACCGAGCUCAGCGCCCAGACAAGACGCCUUUUGGUGAAGGAAUCAGAAAUACUUUCCCUGAAACAGAAUCUGGACGAUCUUAAAGUCACCAACUGGACGAAAGACAAUACCCUUCACGAUCAGAAGCUGUGGAAGCGAAAAGAGGCAGAGUCGCACCAACAGCUGCAAGACGCCACCACUACAGGGGAUGAAGAGCAGCCGACGAAGAUGCACAAGGAAGCGGGCAGCACUCAGGCCUCGCUCCAAGACGAAUGCAAGGCACUUAAGGAUGAAAUCUGCGAAGCCCUCACAUGCGUUGACUCAGAGCGGCGCAAAUGCCACGAAAUGAAGCAAAAACACAAGGCCAAACUGAGUCGAGCAAAACAAAAACUUGAGGAAGAAACUACAUGGCGCGACGAGAAGAUCAAAAGCCUGGAACGUGAACUGUCCUUGUGUUCCCAUUCGCUAGCAAAGGGAAAGGAACUUGUUGCACGUAUAACUGAGGAAAAUGAGAAGCUGCUCGUAGAAAGAAGGGAGCUGCUGCAACACCUGAAUGAAGAAGAACACAGCAAAAAAGAAAGUAAUCUCACAGCGUGUUUGUCAAAGUGCAGGGUGGAGUUCCUAGAGACAGAAAACAAGAAGCUGGGAAGCAGAAUAGUCCGUUUGUCCGAUCAGCUAGGUGUCCUGGAACGAACCCUGCAGAGUAUGCAGCCACAUCACUUUACUGAGGACCUGAAGAAGAAUUUUUUUCCACAUCUGUCUUUACAAACUUCAAGUGUGACGAUGCCUGUUGAUGCCUGGCGCAGUGACGCCGAGCAGAGUGACCUGCUGUCUUCUCCCACAUCCUGUAAAGCUGCAGACCUGCCGCGUUCAGCAGAGAUGGGUUAUCUUAACCUGACCUCCACUCAGAACUGCUCAUCCUCCCCAGCUUCUCAUAGUGCCUCACAAAGUACAGUAUGUGUUUCUGAACUUUUCAAUCAGUCAGAAGCUUCGUGUAGGUAAUGCGUGAUGCUUUAAUGUCUGUGAAAUCAUUAACAGGUCUCUGGAGGGUUGAGUUUGAACGGAGUUCACAAAACUAUAAGUUACAAUUAACAUUUUUUUUUAUUUCAUUGUCAUGUUUGUUUGCCUUUCAAACCACAACCCACACUUAACUGCCACAGUUUCCAUCAACCGCCAGGUUUUUCUUGCAGAGCAGUUCGGCAGCAGUUCUCAUAAACCACUCAGCUGUGCCUGGUAAUUGUAUGGCUCCCAGAUGACUAAACAUGCUUUUCAUGCUUUUGUUACUUGUUCAACCAAAUAAAGCUCAUGUUUACAAGCA